UAUGUUUCUGCACAACUUCUUUGCUUUUUUAUACUUUUUUGCGCCCAUUACGUCUAUCUUGUUUUGCAUCUGUUACGCCUGAAGCUGACGGAUUUUUUUAAAUUGAAGUUUAAGUAUCAGAAUGAAACAGAAAGAUAUCUUCGCACGUCGCAAAGCAAAAACAUUACAGAGAAUAUGUUUGGAACUGAUUUUGGAGCUGACAGAAAUCAUGAAGUGAAGAAAAUGCUUUCUAAAAAGGGCUCACUAUGCAGAAAUGUGGAGACGCGGACGUAAGGGAAAUUAAAGACAUAAGUAGCAUAUGUGUCCAUGUCCUCUGGAAUGGAGCGCAGCGGUCACUUCAAACCAACGCCUGUAAAUUUCGACCUGCUAUUAAACAGCUCGACCGACCCCAAUGUGACUUUAACGCCUAAAACUGACGAAAAAGAAGAAAGUUUUGCUUUCCAAGUCACCGUAGCAUCCGUUCUCGGUCUCCUUACUCUUGCCACAAUACUAAGCAAUGCAUUUGUCAUCGCGACCAUCUCCCAGUCCAGGAAGCUCCAGACGCCGGCGAACUUCUUGAUCGCGUCCCUGGCCGUCACGGACCUUUUGGUGUCGGUGCUCGUGAUGCCCAUUUGCGCGCUUUACACGGUCACCCACGAGUGGACGCUCGGACAGGUUAUUUGCGACAUCUGGCUGUCCUCAGAUAUAACAUGUUGCACCGCGUCCAUUCUCCACCUGUGCGUAAUCGCCUUGGAUCGAUACUGGGCUAUCACGGACGCGGUCGAGUACGCCAAAAAACGGACACAAGCGCGAGCGGCGGGGAUGGUGGCGACCGCUUGGAUCAUCGCAAUCUCCAUCUCACUGCCUCCUUUCUUCUGGCGCCAGGUGAAGGCGGGGGAGCUGACCACCUGCAUGGUAAACACGGACCACAUCUUUUACACCAUCUACUCCACGUUCGGGGCUUUCUACAUCCCCACGUUGCUACUCAUCGCCUUGUACGGGAGGAUUUACGUGGAGGCGAGAAAGCGCAUCUUGAAACAGUCGCCCAAAAAAGCGGGGAAAAGACUCACUUCAGCGCAUCUCAUCACUAAUUCUCCCGCAUCUGUUGCUUCGACGUCUCCUUUGCAAUGUGGACGCCAAGAGCUUUGCUCUGACACCGGCUCUCUGAACAGUGACAAUCAAAUUCGAGUAACUGUGUCCGAUUCGCUUCUGGAGAAAAAGCGAAUAUCGGCUGCGCGCGAGAGGAAAGCCACCAAAACAUUGGGCAUUAUUUUAGGAGCUUACAUUGUGUGUUGGUUGCCGUUUUUCAUUUACACACUGCUGGUCCCCCUCUGUCCAUCCUGUGUGUUAUCUCCAGAACUGUUUGACGUUUUUACAUGGCUUGGCUACCUCAACUCACUCAUCAACCCAGUAAUAUACACCAUGUCGAAUGAUGACUUUAAAAAAGCUUUCCACAAACUCAUAAGCUUUAGAUGUUGCAGACGUUGA